CGGGCUGGUGAGCCCCAGUGGCUUACUCGGCGUCUAGACGGCGUGCAGCUCUUUCUCUCGCGCGCAUCUCUGGGCUGCCGCGGACCAGGAGGAAGGCAAUCGCUGCCGCCAAGCCCUCGAUGCAAGCUUGACUUUUUUAUUUAUUUAUUUUUUGGAGGGGGGGAAGGCUCCCCCACCACCAAAAAGAACCCAUUUCGAAAAGAGAACCCAAAAGUGGAAGGAACUGCAGCAAAACGAUCUCUGAGCUGACUUGGGUACGUGGAUUUUCUUAAAACUGCUUUUUUUUUUCCUCGCGGAAAGCGCAGAAAGUGCUUAAGAUGCGCGCUCGAGGGUCGACUUUUUGGCAGAUGUAGGUGAGGGGGGGUUGCAUGGGGAGAGAUGCGGGAUGCGUUUUGUUUUGGAAGGCGGAAAAAGAACUUUGUAGUGCACGGAUUACAGCGCGUCGCUUUGUGCCCGGGGUGCUCUUGCACGGUGAAAAGUUGGCUGUGCAGGAGAUCGGGGCGGGGGCGGUUAUAUCUUUGGGCUGGGCAAGCCUCUACUCCGGAAAGUUUUUUUCUGCAAAAUGGGAAGGAAGGGAAGGCUAGGUAUAGACACUGUUUAAUGUAUGCAUUCUAAAUCCAGGACUUGAUGCGCAGCGGACCCUUGCAGAUCUAACUCGUUUAUCUUGGUGCAUCUUAGGGGGUGAACAGAACUCGGUCCUUAAAUUUAAACCCCACGGAGUUUCUCAUGAUUGGCUCCUAAGUAGGUGUGUCUCGGCUUGCAGCCUUCGAAAAGUUGCUCUAAGGUGGAGUCAGUGCGUUACCAGGAUCUGCAGGGCUGCUCAUUUUCAUAGAGCAAACAUUAAACCUGACGUUACGUUGGCAGCUUCUGAAAGCUGUCCCGCAUAUGGCUCCUAGGUAUAAUUGACUCAGAGGACGUCGUUAACUGAGGGGGAUAAAAGUGAUGCAAGCAAAUAUUGAAAUGAAAUAAACGCAGGAGAAUUAUUUCUGAAUUUCAAUCAAACUGAAAAAAUAUAUAUGAGCCAAUGAGGAAGGUGUGAAAUGAUGUAUUGGGGCAUGUCCCCGCCCCCCCCGCCCCCGUGGUAUGUAUUGAAGGAGAUGUUGGCUUUUUUGUACUGGAAAAGCGCAAGGAUAUUGGAUUUGCAGGGUUGGGGGGGUGGACUGGGUUUGGGCUAAGGAAACUAGAAUGAUGCACUUGUUUCAAGUGUUCAGGGAGCCCACAUUUGCAUUUUAAAGGAUGAAGUUGCAGUAACCUGAGCUUGUGGGAGUUUUGGCAGGUGUGUGCUGGUGAGUUUUAAGAGGUGGGUUUUGCUUUAUAUAUGUAUAUUUAAACCUCGAUUGUGACAGCCGUGUAAUCUGACGGGGGGGGGGGAGGAUCUUCUGGGGCAAAAGUUUAAUGGCGUCUGAUUUGGAAGGAAAGCGAGUUUGCAUUGCGGGAAGGCAACCUGGUGGACGUUUGAUAGCCAAAAAUACAAUGUGCAGCCAGCCUCAGUGGGCUCUGAAUAAUGAAGACUGUUCCCUUGCAAAGUUCCCUUGCAAGGCUGGUAACAUGGUUUGGUUUUUGUAAUACUCCGUAUUUUGGAGAGGGGGAAAUAAAUAAUGAGUUCCAUCUUUGUUGAGGUCGCCACUGAUUUGUUUAGACACCUGCAGCUCUCCAGUGAGGCAGAAGUUUCCUUUAUCAGGCUGAAUGUGCCCGCCCCCCCACCCCACCCCCACCCCCGUGUACAGGUUUCUCCAUGACUUCAAGUUUAUUUCCUUAUUCUGAGGCCACCAAGGAAGAGCUCUUUGUGCCAGAUUCUUGUCUGCGUGAGGUAAAGCCUUUGCAGAGUGUCCCCGAGGACAUUUGAUCCUAAUCGGGUUGGAGAAUUUUUUUGUAAAGCCAAUUGCUGGUCCUGUCCUUGUUUCCUGAACGCAGAAAUCCCUCUUCAAGAUGGAAAAGGGUGGGGUGGGGGGACCUGUUUGCAUGCAAAGCGUGCAGAGGGAAGAUUUUGAAGCACCCUCUUAUCCAUCUAAUUUCUUCCCCCUCCUUCUCAAAAAGAGAUGCUCUUCUUUCAAUAAUAAUAGUAAGUUUUGAUUUGCAAAGCAGCUUGCUGUCAGCACAGGUGGUGUGGAGCGUAAAUCAGGGAGGGCUCCUCCGCCAUGGCCUCUUUCAUGUGGCUUCUCAGGGGCUUGCAGUUACUGGCAUGUUCUGAGCAACAGGUGCGGCAUCAAAUUCAAGCACCUGGCACCGUUUUUUUCACAGCUACCAGGGUCUCCUCCUGUUUCUAAGUUGGUGCGCUAGACUUCAAAGGCUGAGGAGCCAGAUCACUGCGGGUUUCAUUUUUUGUCACGGUUCCAAAUUCAUCACUGGCACCUUCUUUUCCGGGCCACAUCAACUUUCUGCACGUAAGAUGGUGAAAACCUGAAAAACCUAGGUGCGUGAAUCAGUUGAGUCUAUCAGCUGCAAUUAUAAAAUGGGGGAUUUCAUCAUAGUUUAAUAUGAGCUCAUCCUGUGGAAGUGGUGUUCAAUAACGAGGAUGCCAUCCCGAAGAUGUCUGCUUGGUCUGUUUUGUUUUACUGGAAUUAAAAUAACAAAGAAUGUGGUUUACUAAAAAAAGAAAAAAGAAGUCCCUUUGGAUUCAGUGGUAAAGAUGCGUGUAGCCCCAGUUACAAAAGGGACCUGUUACUUUCAUUACAUCUCAUCCAAAUACCCUCCAGAAAUUGCUGUUGGCAGGCUAAAGCAAGGGGCAAAUUAUCUGACAAUCAGAACUAGGAAAAAUCCCAGGUGGCUGAUCUGGGCUUCUUGAAAUCUGAUGUUGACAGCUCAAUAACUUUGUGUCUGGUUUCUAAUUAUUGGAAGCUUGUGUGUGUGUGUGUGUCUUGUUGACAGCAUGGAGUACAGAGUUGAUUGCCAUGUCGACUUCUUCAGAAGUCUUUCAGGCAUAGCUUUCCUCAUCAUGCCAUCCAUGUAACUGUAUGAAGCUUCACCUGUUUGAUUUCUGCCUUCUGCAUAGCUGUUAAAGGCAUGGGGAGGGGAGUGUGUGGCCACCAUCUAUAAUACCACUAGAUAGUUGUACAUCUAGGUUGGAAUCAACCUAGACCCACCUCCUUCAGGUGGGCUUGAGCACAAGCAAUUAUUUCCAGCAGUUAUUGCUGGAACGUCUUGGCCAAUAAACAGUGGGGGUUUCUUCCAUAGAGUGGGACGAUAACCUCACCCAUAUGUUCCAAACCAACAGUAAAAUUGCACUUGUUGUUCCAAGCCCCCUUGAUAUCUGUAAGCCAUCUUAGCUUUAAAACAUGCAUGAGCAUCAGCAGCUACUGUUUUCGGUUCUGAAGUUAGGAACCCUUCCAUGGUUAAUUUGCACCAACAUAAUCAUGUGCAGAGACAGCGAUCUAUCCUUACUGUUUUGGCUUUCCGGCAGGGGGUGCUCUUGAGCAGUCUGGUCUGUAAACGCAGGGAGUAUUUUAAGCAAGGAGCUAGUAGGUCAUAUUGUUAGUGCUCAGUUGAUUUCUCUAAACUAGGGGUAUGAAAUCUUUCGCCCCCUCCAUACACUAGCCAGCAUAGCCAAUGCUGUGGGCAUUCAGAUUUUCUGACCACUGUUGGGGAAAGUUUGCUGGGCUUGAGCGAUGAUCUGCCUAACCCAGAACAACUACACCAAUGUAGAUUUGUGUACACACACACACACACACACACACACAAGCAUUAAUCCUCAGGCUAACUCUGAAAUAACUCCAAACUAAUGAGAUUUAUCCAGAUGUGCUUCAAGGUAGUUUAUGCUUCCUGGUGUCUGUCUUUCUCUGAAACAAGGAACGUGGAGGCACGGCACCUGAAUGCCCAAGCUGUGAAAUGCAGGAGAAGCCAACUUGUACCAAGAUAUGUCCGUCUGCAAAAAUUUUUAAAAAGCAAACAAGCCCAUGAAUGUACAAGAGGUAGCCGUGCCUCCGUUGCUUGUUUGUGAUGUGCCACAGAAGCCAUUUGUGUUUGGGAAAACAACAAGGCUCUGGAAAGGGCUGGCUGAGCUGGAGAGGUGAAUGCGUUGUUAUGGAAAGACUGCACCCAUUAACUGUUCUUGGACGGCUGGGGAGGGCUGUGUGUGAGAAGCAGUACACAGGGUGCCGUUGCACACAGGCAAAGCAAGCUCCUGGCAUUUGGAGCCUCUGUUGGAGGCAAAUGUGCAACUUACAAGCCCCCAUUGGAUGCUAUGAGUCCCUUAGUGCAACACACAAAUGCCCGGUUUUCCCAUACAGUGGUACCUCGGGUUACAUACGCUUCAGAUUACAGACUCCCCUAACCCGGAAAUAGUACCUCGGGUUAAGAACUUUGCUUCAGGAUGAGAACAGAAAUCGUGCUCUGGUGGCACAGCGGCAGCAGGAGGCCCCAUUAGCUAAAGUGGUCUUCAGGUUAAGAACAGUUUCGUGUUAAGAACGGACCUCCAGAACGAAUUAAGUACGUAACCAGAGGUACCACUGUAGUUCAGUUGGCUGGUCCCUGAGGCUGGUCCCUGAGACAAAAGGUGUCUUUCUGUAGCAUCCCAAAGAGCAAGGUGAAAUCCUACUCUGGGAAAGAGUUGCAGAACCUCUGCUGGUUUAUCCAAACCGCUCCGUAGAAACAUAAAAGUAGAACCCUAGAAAUUAUUGAACCUAAUGCAGCCAUGCACAUUCAUUUAAAUAGGUCUGCUCUGAGUGCAACUUAGCUGAAUACAGCCCUACGUUUUGGCAGCAGGAUAGCAAUCUGCCCUGACAUAAACAAGGUUGUGAGAAUAGUCUUCGUUGUUAAAACCUGUGACUAUCUACCCCGUGUCAUGCUGGUAACAGUCAUAAAGGGGAUGAACUGUGGGUGUGGUAUUGCCGACAUGUUUUGCAUGCCACCUGGCCAGGAAAGCCCUUGCUGCCCUGCUUUUCUGCCUUGAGCAAAAAUCGUACACUAGCAUCGAGCAUGUCACCUGCUCAGUAUUUAUACAUCAACACUGCUGGAAGGUACGGCUAUGGUGGCUGGUUGGAAGGGCUGCUAGAGCGAAUAAAGGGGACAAAACCCAUUGCACAAGCUAGCAGCCCUGUUUGCAUCCAGAAAAUCUCCUGUGCUACCUUUCGAAAGCUCUUCAUACAGAGAAGAUAGUAAGCAAAUGUAUGGAACCUCUACAGAAGGCAAGUGUAGAGCUGUGAGAUUCCUUUAGAGUCUAUGGGGCAGGGCAGGAGUUGCAGGGAGUAUUUCCUGACCCCUGAAUUGUCCAAAUUUAGUGUGUUUUCAGAGCAUUGUCAAUGAUGCGUUCCCUUUUCCUGGACCUGUGACGGCUGCUUGUCUCACCUGAGUAGAUCAACCUCUGGACCUGGGGUAGCCAAGGUGUACUAACUUCUUGGUGAUGUUAGACACCAGCAACAUCAGCCCCAGCCAGCAGCCAGCAUAGGCAAGGGCCAGGCAUGAUGGGAAUUGGAGCCCAGCAACAUUAGGAGGGGACCACAUUGCCUAUCCCUCCUCCAUGGGACUCCUUCAGUCUAUAGACAGAAAUAGCAAUAGAAAGUUAGCAUUAUCUGUCACACCAUUCGACUGAUGCUCUCACCUUGCAGCCUUCUUUCCCUGUUCCUCCUUUUGCUAAGAGGCCCCCUUGUUUGAGAAGCCCCAGUGGUAUUGGCUGUCAUCUUGUGCUCUGCCAUCCCAGCCGCAAUCCCUGAGAUUUGAUCUCCAGCGAGUGUAAUGGAACUAUCUCGAUUUGUACUACCAAGGGAGAUGGCCCUCUUGCAUUUGCAGACGUCAGGCCUUCCUCUGGGGGGGAAGAGAGCUAAUAAAUACUAUGUCACAAGAAAGAGCCCAGGGUAGCAUCUGUUGCUGUGUUAGAGCACUGUAAAUCCUAACAAGCUUUAACAAUUAAGUACCAGGGUUCUAUUUUUAGGGCAGCAGAAUAACGAGCCUAUGUGGCAGCAAGGAAGCUGGGAGUGUGGCAGCACACUGGUAUCAAGCAGAGAAGGUUCUUCUUUAGAAAGCAAUCGAUUGGGGCUAGCCCACCCACUCGUUGGGCAAAUGGAACCUUUGGCCCUGAUCAGUGUUCAAAAUUAGCCAGGCGCAUUUUGCACCUGGCUAACGGCCACUUGCAACCAAUUGAAGAUGCCUGGGUGCCAGGAAGGCGCCUGACAUUUCCAUCAUCUGGAGGUUUGUGCCUGGGGAUCACUGGAUCUUGACUGUUUUUACACGCUAAUACCACAUCCUGUAGAUUUCUAUCAGUUAUAUUUUAUCUGCACAAUCGGCAUGAAGUUCAGGAGCCGAAAUGCUUUUUCUGUGCAGCCUGAGCUGGAGCAGUGAACAAUCUUGUAGUUAAAUGCUGUGGCUUGUCUUCAGUUACCCCACCCCACUGCCUUGCUCACAGUUAGGGAGAAUAUUCUUACGUUAUGAAUGGUCUGUGUCACCAUUCAGAAAAAGAGGUCGGAAUAGGCCAAUAUAUAUGUGGGCUGUCCCUGGAUCAAGUGACUUUCCUUCUUUAAGUUCUCAAAAGUUCUUCAGCUAUCUCAAGGUUGUCUUCUGAUGUAGCCAGAUGUUUAGCUGACAAUCCAUCACGGUCAGUCCAUCGUUUGAAAAAUUAGAGCCGUCUUGCCCCAAAAUGGCAACUAGACAUUCCGCUUUGGUGGCUGUAAUCUUGGAUUAAGAGAGCCUAGUUUAUAGAUCUGAAUUUCUAACACUGGUGAUAGCAACUCCCUUGCAGAUGCCACUGGAGUGGCAAACUGUUAGAAACCCUGGGGGCUGCUUCUGCCACUUCCUGCCCUGGAAGGAAUUGUGUUGCGAAGGUCGACAUUUGGGUGCCCAUUCAGGUAAGAAGAAGAAGAAGAAGAGUUUGGAUUUGAUAUCCCGCCUUUCACUCCCCUUCAGGAGUCUCAAAGCGGCUAACAUUCUCCUUUCCCUUCCUCCCCCACAGUAAACACUCUGUGAGGUGAGUGGGGCUGAGAGACUUCAGAGAAGUGUGACUGGCCCAAGGUCACCCAGCAGCUGCAUGUGGAGGAGCGGAGACGCGAACCCGGUUCCCCAGAUUACGAGACUACCGCUCUUAACCACUACACCACACUGGCUCUCAUCCUGUUUCAGUUCAGUGGGAGAACCUUCUUUUCCAGAGGCCGGCUGAACCAACAGCAGCUUAACAGAGGGAUUGUGGUUCUGACCGGUCCGUAGCCGCAGUUGUCCCAGUACCACUGCAACCAAAGAGGAGUUUGUUUCCCACCAAGGGGAGCUCUUUAACCUUGUCCUUGGAACUCUGCGUAUCUCUGCAUUCCGUAAUCCUUUACUGCCCAUUAAAGCAGAAGCUCCUUCACCAAACAGAAUCUAACCUUUAAAGGUCUGUGAUAUGAAUGACAUUAUCAACUUGCCGCAACUUGCUUACUGUCUUGGUUUUCGCCUGGGCCAAAAACUCCUGUUACGUCUCCUCUUCCAUAGGGCGGGGGGACAUUUGCUGCUAAACCCCCACAGAGCGUACUUUCAGCAUGAGGGUGCCUCUUGGGGGGUAAAGGCAGUUCCCCCACCCUGAUUUAUUGUAUCUUGUUUGUGCCAGUGCUUAAAUUGCUGCCCAGCUUGAGCCUCAAGAGAUAAGGACAGCCCUUCAGAAGAAGCACUUUUUUAAGGUCAAUGUGAGCAGUGAUCAGGCAAAGGUGUGACUCAACAGAUAAUCCUUUUUUUUUUUCUUUUUUUACAAUCUUCCUCUUCAUUACGUGCAUGAGAGAUGCAUGGAGCAAUAAUGUCUCUCAAGCUUUCUCCCUCCUAGAAUCAGCCAACCGUAAAUCUUACGAAAUAAGUAAGUUUUGCAAAACGACAGCAUUCUCUUCUCAGUUUUGUAGGUGUGCUGUCCAUCUUUAAGGGGGGUAGGAAGCGAAAAGAAAAAUGCAUGUGAGCUACUUACUGUUAGUGAUGUCUGACUAUGGAUUAUAGUUUCCAAGUCCAGCUCUUUUCUUGAUAGGAAGGAAACGGCCUAAUAUCCGAGAGCACUUAAGUCCACACUGUUGUUACGUUCCACACUUUGGAUUGUGGGAAUAUUGAGAGACCCGGAAUCGGGGAAGAUGAGGACGAAAGGAAAAGCCGAAGGUCUGGAGAUGGACUUGGGAAGUCCCAAGCAUUGCGUCAUCUCGAAACAACACCAGUCGAGGACUUGAGUCCUGCCUCAGUACCUUGGUAGUCUUACCUGUUUAAAACCAAAGCUGUGGGCUCUGUGUCCCUCCCAGUGUGGUUAGACUCCCCACCAGCCCUUGCCCAGUAAUUCCUGGAUUUAUGGGAGUUGUGCGCCAGCAACAUCUGUAGGGUCACAGUUUCCCCAGCCCUGGCUCAAACCCAUUUGGAUAAUUACAUUUUGCGUUUGGAAUAAAAAGUUCUUAAAACUUCUACCCAUGCUCCUUUGCUGUCCCUUCACUUCCAGAAUAUGACUCCUUGCACAAAUGCCUUUUGAGAGCCAGUGUGGUGUAGUGGUUAAGAGCGGUAGUCUCGUAAUCUGGGGAACCGGGUUCGCGUCUCUGCUCCUCCACAUGCAUCCAAACUCUCCAGAGUGGGGGGGAGGAAGGGAAAGGAGAAUGUUAGCCGCUUUGAGACUCCUUAAAGGGAGUGAAAGGCGGGAUAUCAAAUCCAAACUCUUCUUCUUCUUCUUUUGGCAUCUCCAUUUUGUCCUCAACCAGCAGGAGUGACGCCCAAAUGGGAGCCAGUGUGGUGUAGAGGUUAAGAGCGAUGGACUUGUAAUCUGGUGAACCGGGUUCGCGUCUCCGCUCCUCCACAUGCAGCUGCUGGGUGACCUUGGGCUAGUCACACUUCUCUGAAGUCUCUCAGCCCCACUCACCUCACAGAGUGUUUGUUGUGGGGGAGGAAGGGGAAGGAGAAUGUUAGCCACUUUGAGACUCCUUCGGGUAGUGAUAAAGCGGGAUAUCACAUCCAAACUCUUCUUCUCCUCCUCCUCCUAUUUAUUUAUAUUUCAUCCCCUCUCUCUCCCCUCACUCAUCCAUCUGUGGAACGUUCUCCCUCAGGAGGUUGUGGGUUCUCCUUCCUUGGAGGCUUUUAAGCAGAGGUUGGAUGGCCAUCUGUCAUGGAUACUUAAACUGAGGUUCCUGCAUUGCAGCGGGUUGGACUAGAUGACCCCAGGGUCCCUUCCAACUCUCCAAUCUAUGAUCCCUAUCCAAAUGCCCGCACUGGUGAGCCAGCUUCAGGCAGACCACAUGGCCCUCCUCAAGGAAGUAAAUAGUGUGAAUAAGCAUACCCAUUCCCUUAAGGAGCAUGUGUUUUCUCCUGCAAGCUGCUAGGCAUGCCUCGUGGGUCCUAUAUAAGCUGGCUGUUUGGGGGUGGCUUUGCUGGAGGUGGGGCGAUGUGAUUUUUGUUUUCCUCCUUGCCUCUGAAGCUCAUCCUCUGUUGGCACAAGCCAGGAUCAUCGUCCCAGCUUCAAAGUUAAAAGGAUCUUGUGUUGGUUGGUUGCCCAGUUGUGCUGUCGGUUGCAUUCUCCGCAUUACCAAGGAAACUGUUGCCUAAGGCUUGUGCCCACAGCAGGUUCCCAGCAAAUUUGUGCGAGGUGGAAGAAUAAGAGUGGAAAUGAGCUCACCCAGCUGCAUGCCUCCUAUUAGGCAAGGAACAAUAAACAUCGCCCACGCACAACAGUCAUGAUGCAGACAACAGGAGGGUCUUUCCUAUUGUGUCUUUCCACCCAGUGAUCAUGCACCUGUUGGAUAUCAGCUCAGACAGCUAGGAAAUAAAUCCUUUAAGAAUUCUGGUGCCUUUUCAACAAAAAUGACCAUCGCCAUGCACAAUGCCCCAUAACCAGCUAGAUCUACAGACCUUGUUCUUGCUGUUAGCCAGGGGUGUCAGAGACUAGAUGUUGCAAAAGAGCGAACCCUGACAGUUCUCUUUUAAGUUGGAUAGUUGGCUGCAUGUCGCAUCUGCCUCUAGUCGACAGUGGCAGCCAGUAAAAUGCAGGCGCCGUGCAUUUUACAAAGGCAAAUGGAGGUGUUUUCAUUUAACCCAAAGUGCUGUUAUUACCCCAAGGAGAUGCGUAUCUCUAGGAAUGCCCAGAGUUUGUGCUUGGCUCUGUUUCCUGCUUAUUUGUUUAUUAAAUUUACAGUGGUACCUCGCAAGACGAAUGCCUCGCAAGACAAAAAACUCGCUAGACGAAAGGGUUUUUUGUUUUUUGAGCUGCUUCGCAAGACGAUUUUCGCUAUGGGCUUGCUUCGCAAGACGGAAACGUCUUGCAAGUUUGUUUCCUUUAUCUUAACACCGUUAAUACAGUUGCGACUUGACUUCGAGGAGCAACUCAUAGAACGCGGUGUGGUAGCCUUUUUUGAGGUUUUUAAAGACUUUGGUGAUUUUUGAAGCUUUUCCAAAACUUUCCCGACACCGUGCUUUGCAAGACGAAAAAAAUCGCAAGACGACAAAACUCACGGAACGAAUUAAUUUCGUCUUGCGAGGCACCACUGUAUAUAUCGCCCUUCAUCCGAAGAUCCCAAAAUGGUUCGCAAGGUGAAAAUACAGGAUAAAAUUUCCUACAAAUUUCCUUCCUCCCAUGAACAAAAGGUGCCCCACAAAUGUGUAAAGGCCUCUUUUGAGCAGAGGACUCCUUUGCAUGAAUGAAAAAGGCUGGCAUGCCUACAUGUAUGGGAAACUGAAGAAACUGUUUGCAUGAAUGGGGGCCAAGAUGAGAUGAGCACACCGCUCAUGUGAGCAGGGCAGGCCUUACCAUUGGGCAUAACAAGUCGGCAAUCGCUGGGGGCAGCAGCAAGGUGUUGGAGAACCAGGCUCUUGUGUGUCGUCUGACACCCCCCAGCAACCCUCCAGCUACCCUCAGAUGCUUCACCUAUAUUGUCAGGAUGCAGGAUUCAGCUGCUGGUCCUGUUAGCAUCUAUGCCUGUUGUUGGGGACAAGGGGUAGCAUCUGUCCCUUGCUUCAGGUAGCCCAAACGUCUUGGGCCAGCUCUGUUUGUAAGGGCACUCGCCAGCAACAACAUCUGUUAGGCGGUGCUUGCUUUUCCCCUUCCGCUUUCAUAGCAGCCAUUUAGCCACUGACCUCUCCUGCUAACCAGCUACUGAACGUGUCUCAAGACUAGGAACACCCACCUUGCCAGCUGUUGGCUGGCACCCUUUGAGACUGGGUGGGUGGGAGGCCAACAGCAGGUGGAGCUAGAGAGUCAACAGCAGGUGCAGGCAGGGCUAAUGACAGGCAGAGCCAACCAGUGUUGCCCCUACAGAGUUCUACAAUGGGACAACGCUGAAAUUAAAGAGGAAGACGACAACAAGCAAUACCACUCGCCUGGGCUGUGCAUAAGGCGUGGGGCUGGCUGAGGUUACACUGAGAUUGGUGGGGCAGUGCCCCCGUUUCCCUAAUGGGCCAGCUGCUCCCUCUCAGAGGAUAUUAUAUGACCGACUAUCCCAUAACUGACAGCCGACUCUCUUCUCUUUUCCCUUUCCCCUCCCCUUUGCUCCUAGAGAUGCCCUGUAUCCAAACCCAAUAUGGGACCUUGCUUCAGAGCGGAGGCCCCUGUGAGCGCUACCCAGCGGACCUCUUGACCCCCGAGCUUGGCAAACCCACCAUGGACCUGGUUAACACAGAGAUCACUGCCGCCGCCACCUCUCUGCCCAGCUUCAGCACCUUCAUGGACAAUUACACCGGUGAAUUCGACGCUUUCCUCUACCAGAUCCCAGCUGCCAACCCCACGGCCGCCUCCUUCAAGCUGGAGGAUUUCCAAGUGUACGGCUGCUACCCCGGCUCCUUCAGCAGCCAGCUGGACGAGACGAUGUCCUCCAGCGGCUCGGACUAUUACGGCAGCCCCUGCUCCGUCCCUUCCCCUUCCACGCCAAGCUACCAGACUUCCCAGGGGCCAUCUUGGGAGAACUCCUUUGGGGCCUAUUCCCCCACGCACGCCUACGAGGGCAUGAGGUCUUGGGCGUCGGCAGCAACGGAGCCUCCCAAAAGUAGUUCCACCCAGCCCUCCUACUUCUCCUUCGGCCCCUCGGCUCACAGCCCCGGGGUCCCUCCACAGAGCCCCCUGAAGAUGCAGCCGCCCACCCACCAGCACUUGGUGGACGGAGACGUCUUCUCUCUCCCACAACCUUCUUCGUCGGUCAGCUUUUCCCCUUUGCCGCUCAGCCAGGCCUCGCCGGUCCUGGACGGCUCCGGCUUAAUGGACAGUUCGCUCUCGCCCAGCAAGGCGCGCAGCCCAGGGUCCAACGAGGGGCGCUGUGCCGUGUGCGGAGACAACGCCUCGUGCCAACACUAUGGUGUUCGGACCUGCGAAGGCUGCAAGGGGUUUUUCAAGGUAAGAACAACAACUUUCUGGCUCGCCCUCAAAACUGAGAAAAUUCUCAUGUUCUGCUGGUGGUGUUUUUCAGGCUAUAUCUAUGUUUAAUGCACUGAAGUCCCCCUCCCCAAAGGAUUCUGGGAAUUGUAGCUUGCUAUGGGUGCUGGGAAUAGCUCUAUGAAAGAGUAAACUAUAGUUCCCAUGAUACUUUUUCUUUUAAAAAAGGGAGAGUCACAUGCUUUAAAUGUAUGGGGUGUGCAUCUGUCUGCUGGAUGCUGCUAGGAAAGGCAUUCCAGUCCUCCAUGUGUCUCUAGAGGCAGUGCAAAGCAUGCUGGGACUUUUUGGAGGAGGAGGAGGAGGAGAGAGAGGGAGGAAGCCUCUGCUGUUGACUGCUACAGGGAUGAGUCAUCGGACCUUUCCCUGGCCUCUCCGAAUAAAGGAGGUCUUUGUGAGAGCUCUCUGUCCCCUCACAGGGGUAGGUGGCAAGAGCAUUUUUGGAAGGUUGGAGAUGAGCUUUCUGCAGGCUACGGGACCUUUAGGAAGCCCUCCGUCUCUCUGAAAAGUUCGCAUUUGUUCCAUCUAGUAACUUUCCACAGCUAAACCCACAACAGCUAGGAAUGGAGUGCAGAAUUCCUUUCUGCUGUAAGCAGCAGUCUGCACACACAAGUAAAUAGACCAGAGCAGGCAUGAGUGGGAGGGGGGCCUGUGGCCCUCCAGAGGUUGUGGGACUCCAACUUCGAUCGGCCCCAGCCAGCCUGGCUCAGUGGUCAAAGAGAUGAUGGGAGUUGUAGUCCAACAAUAUCUUGAGGGCCAUAUGCUACUUGUCCCUGGACUAGGCCCUGGCUCUUAGCUGAAAGUUCAGGGAGAUGCUUAAGUAGCCAAGCAGUCUCUACGUAUUAAGCCCUCAGUAUGAUCUCCUGGGACGCGGGUGGCACUGUGGGUUAAACCACAGAGCCUAGGACUUGCUGAUCAGAAGGUUGGCAGUUCGAAUCCCCGCGACGGGGUGAGCUCCCGUUGCUCGGUCCCUGCUCCUGCCAACCUAGCAGUUCGAAAGCACGUCAAAGUGCAAGUAGAUAAAUAGGUACCACUCCAGCGGGAAGGUAAACGGCGUUUCCAUGUGCUGCUCUGGUUCACCAGAAGCGGCUUAGUCAUGCUGGCCACAUGACCCGGAAGCUGUCCCUCGGCCAAUAAAGCGAGAUGAGCGCCGCAACCCCAGAGUCGGUCAUGACUGGACCUAAUAGUCAGGGGUCCCUUUACCUUUAUUGAUCUCCUGGCCAAGAAAGACCUACCCUGAUUCCGGUUCUGAGAAUUCAGCAGGGGAAUUCUGAGAACAUCCUCAUCCCUGCAAAUCUUCUCUCUGGAGUUAAGUUGAUUUAAUAUAUGUAUUCGUCUUAUAAUAGAUAAUAGAACCAUAGAGUUGGAAGGGACCCUGAGGAACAUCAAGUCUGACCCCCUGCUACGUAGCUGUCCCAUACAGGGUUCGAACCUGCAGCCUUGGCGUUAUCAGCACCAUGCUCUAACAACAAAUACUGCAGUCGCUAAACAGCAAGAACAAAUUAAUCAAACACAGUAGCGUAUAGACCAAGCAACAACAAAUUAAUGAAAACAAUUUAAUUGGAUUAACUGUAUUAACUCUGGAGUAAGUGCCUGUGGCCAGGAGAAGACUGGUCUACUAACAACACAACCCUCCUCCCCAUUUCCUAACGUUCCCACUUCUACUGUAGUUUUGGAAAAUUAUAAACAUAUACAUUUAGAAGCUUGGAGAUGAUAAAUUUCAGGACACAAAACUUCAAUGACAGAGGAGUAGGGAGGGGGUUAGUGAACACAAGCAGAUCUUGCAAACCAAACCAAGAGGGCUUUCUGGUGGUUCCCUCGCUGCGAGAAGCCAAGUUACAGGGAACCAGGCAGAGGGCCUUCUCGGUGGUGGCACCCACCCUGUGGAACACCCUCCCACCAGAUGUCAAAGAGAACAACUACCAGACUUUUAGAAGACAUCUGAAGGCAGCCCUGUUUAGGGAAGCUUUUAAUGUUUAACAGACCACUGUAUUUUAAUAUUUUGUUGGAGGCCACCCAGAGUGGCUGGGGAACCCCAGCCAGAUGGGUGGGGUAUAAAUAAUUUAUUAUUAUUAUUAUUAUUAUGAAUUAUUAUGGAUCCUGACAUUUUCUACAAGAGAAGCAGUGUCUGAACACCCUCCUGUAAGUCUAGGUACUUAAAAGCAGCAGAUAUAUCUGUACUACAAACCUGUUUUGUUUAGCACCACUUGAAGUCUCGUGGCUCCUUCCACGGGACCCGUAGCUUUGCGAAGAUGCUGCAAAGUCAUUUUGUUUGUUUGUUUGUUUGUUUAACUCUUAUAUGCCAAAAUGGCUUCUGAGUCAUUUUACAACUAUGGAAUCCGUUACAAAAUCUAUGCAUAAUUAAAUUACACAGAGCAUUGCAGCAUCUGUCAUUAAAAUGUACAAUAAAUCAAGGCAGUUAAAAAGCAUGAUAAUCAAAACACAGCUGAAACAAUAAGGUCAAGUUCAGGGAAAUGCGUCCCUGAGCAAAUGGGUCUGCAGGAUCCGUCGGAACGCCAAUACUGAUGGGGUCUCUCAUAUCUCGGCAAGGAUAAACGCUGGUGCCACAAGGAUAAAGCCCGUCUCCAUGUUACCACAAGCUAAUAAUCAUCUGGCCGUGGCAAAACUUAACUGGGUUCCAUUUGCUGAUCACAAUGUCCUUACUGGGCAGCGGAGAAGAAGAAAUUCCCUAUGAGAUUCUUAGCUUGCCGUCCCAUUGCACCCAAAGCGACAGAAUAGCUGUGAUACCAACUUGUUUGUGGGUAGACAUGGCCUCAUGCCAAUUGUCAAACGGCCAGAUCUCCGAAUCUGCAAAGCUGUUGGUGGGUGGCUGGGGACAUUUUGAAUCCUGAAACUUUCUGAGCUAAUUCGCUUGGCCAAACUUGAAUGGCAUGGGGGAUCCAUGUUGUCUCUGUCGCUUUGAAGCAGCCAUGUGACCCGUUGCUUGUAGUUCAGGUACUUUACUCCUGUAAAGUAGCCAGGAGGAGGAGGUGGCGGCAUAGUAAAUGCUUGUUUACUUACAAGAUUUACCGUAUUUUUCGCCCUAUAGGACGCACUUUUCCCCUCCAAAAAUGAAGGGGAAAUGUGUGUGCGUCCUAUGGGGCGAAUGCAGGCUUUCGCUGAAGCCUGGAGAGCGAGGGGGGUCGGUGCGCACCAACCCCUCUCGCCCUCCAGGCUUCAGGAAGCUAUCCGCUAGCCGUGGGAGACGCAGCUCUCCCACGGCUAGCGGAGAGCUUGCCGGCACCCAGAAGCUUGGGGCACGCUGAGCUCAGCUCGCCCCAAGCUUCGGGCUUCGCGCAGCGCUCCGCUAGCCGUGGGAGAGCUGCGGGACUUAGCGCAGCUCUCCCACGGCUUGCGGAUAGCAGCCUGUUCUGGGGGCUGGGGUCGGGAGAAGCUCGGGCUUCCCCUGCCCCCGCCCCGCACCUGGGGGGGGAAAUAAAUUUUUUUUCUUUAUUUCCCCCCCAAAAAACUAGGUGCGUCCUAUGGGCCAGUGCGUCCUAUGGGGCGAAAAAUACGGUAUACAAUUUUUGGCUGGGCGUGCAGCAGACCCAACAUUCAGCUGCUUCAAAAUGCUCAGAUCUCUACCCAGAGCUGUUUGAUUUGCAUUUUGAACGGCCCCAUUUGUGGUGUGUGACUUUCUAACUUGUCCCACAGCUGAGAGCUUGAAAUGCGGCUGCUCCAACCUGCCGCCUUUUUAAUGCAUAUUGCAUUAAACUGUUCUCCAGUUGCAUGAAUGCAGAAAGACCCAGAUCUUAUGCAUACCAAACAAAGACCUUUCAGAUUUUUAGUGGUUGAGGUGAGCCAAUUGCAGAUCUUGGAGAGAGAGAGAGAGAGAGAGAGACGCUUCGGUUUCUCUGACAUCAGGCAUUCUCAGUGCCAUUUCCAUCUUUCAUCACCCCAUUUCUGUGGCCUUAUGGUAACAGUACCCACAUGCGGAAAUGUGAAGGCACAGCGGAAGGUGCGUACGAUUUCUGUCGCACCCUUGUGAAACUGGAAACAGCAGGGUUGUAGGAACACUGCAAUAAAUAAAUGGGCUUUUUGUCUUUCUCAACACCGAGCUUGGAGAUGCCCUAUGUGUUUUUGUGCAUGUGUGUGAUGAGUCCUAAAUGUCCCCGCUGCCGUUCUGUCUCCCGUAGCGCACUGUACAGAAGAACGCCAAAUACAUCUGCUUAGCCAAUAAAGACUGCCCUGUGGACAAGAGGAGGAGAAACCGGUGCCAGUUUUGUCGUUUCCAGAAGUGCCUUGCUGUAGGAAUGGUCAAAGAAGGUAAGAGACGUCCCUGUUCGUUGAGUUUGAUGUGCAGGUUAAAGUGUUAAUAAGAUCAGGGGUUUAAUCGGCUUGUGGCUUGUGUUAUUUGCCCAAGGCAAGCACCUUAAUGCGUUUGGUCUUCGCAAUCACUGGCAGAUUUAAAUCUCAUUUUACAGUCAUCAACGUCCAUUGAAGCAGUCAGGAAUAUCUGCUCUUCAGCCGUGAAUUGUCAGAAGGAUUAAGGGGUGAUUAGGUUCUGCGCUGAUGUGAUCUGUGCCACAUUUUGGCAGGGUGCACUAGCUAACAACAGUCUGCUGGUGUCAUUGCCUCGCUCUGGCCAGUGAGAUCUAUAUAAAGGGGUUUGGGGCUUUUUAAGUGUGGGGUCAGGAGCAGAAUUAUUCAGAGCAAAGAGCCAAUGAGACAGGACAUGUAAAUGACUUAGCAUGAGGGGAGGAGAAGCAACUCUUUCGCAAGCUUCCUUUGACUGUCCAAGACCAGCACUUGAGAUUUCAAACAGGCAUGUGGAACCUGCAGCCCCCCAGAUGCUAUGGGACUCCAACUCCCAUCAGCCCCCAGCCAGCUUGGCCAAUGGUCAGAGGUGAUGGGAGUUGUAGUUUAGUAGCAUCGAGAGAGGUCACCCACUUAAUACAAGUAUCGCAUUCCGCACUUCUGUUGUGCAGUUGUGAAAUACAGUGGUACUAAGGUUACAAGCACCUCGGGUUACAAACACUUUGGGUUACAGACUCCGCUAACCUGGAAAUACAGUGGUACCUUGGGUUAAGUACUUAAUUCGUUCCGGAGGUCCGUUUUUUAACCUGAAACUGUUCUUAACCUGAAGCACCACUUUAGCUAAUGGGGCCUCCUGCUGCUGCCACGCCGUCGGAGCCCGAUUUCUGUUCUUAUCCUGAAGCAAAGUUAUUAACCCGAGGUACUAUUUCUGGGUUAGCAGAGUGUGUAACCUGAAGCAUAUGUAACCCGAGGUACCACUGUAGUACCUCGGGUUAAGAACUUUACCUCAGGAUGAGAAUAGAAGUCACGCGGCGGUAGGAGGCCCCAUUAGCUAAAGUGGUACCUCAGGUUAAGAACGGUUUCAGGUUAUUAACAGACCUCUGGAACGAAUUACGUUCGUAACCAGAGGUACCACUGUACAGAAUACCCCAACCCGCCAUCUUGCGAAACGUACCUAGCAUACAGCAAUUAGACCAAUGCCUACUCCACUUUGGCCGGGAUCCAAAUUCCAUUCUGCGAUUAAAACCUUCCUAAGCCUCACGGUUAGUCCUGUCGAUAGUUCCCGCACGUCUCUGCUCCCAACCUCUCUGAAUGUGUGUCUUUUUUCACUUCCUCCUUCCCUCAGUGGUGCGGACGGACAGCUUGAAAGGCCGGCGUGGUCGUUUGCCCUCCAAACCCAAGCAAACUCAAGACACUUCUCCAGUCAGCCUCAUCUCCUCUCUUGUGAGAGCGCACAUAGAUUCCAUACCCAGCGCAACAAAGCUUGAUUAUUCCAAGGUACUUACUGAUCUGCGUUCCUACAGUCUGUGGCACUCGUGGCUGACUUGGGGUGGGGGCGGCGGGGGGAGAAUGUGCCAGGCAGAUAAAUUAAACACAUUUGUACUUUGUUCCUUGUGGGAUGCCCCAAAUGGUCCCGUGGCAGGCUGAAAUGCCCUGAAAUAAUGGUGCCAUUUUAAGUGCCUAGGUAGUCUGACAUGCCAUGGAAUGACUUGGAGCAAAGGGCUAGGCAAUUUAGCAGGGCGAAGCCCUUCCCAACAGAUGCCGCAGGUCCUGUUAAUGGAAUAUGCCUGAGCUGAAGGGGUGGGGGGUUUUGUUUUUGGAUACACUUUCCAGCCCCAAAUCAGCAGCCUAGACACUUGAAAUGGCUCGUGACACUUGAAAUGGCUUGAAAAGACACUAGAAAUGGCUUGAAAUGGCUCGUGAGCAGAGAAUACAAUAUAUUGGAGUAGGACAGCUGGGGGGAAUCACACCUAGCAAACAAUGCAUCCCUUUGGUUUCAGAUAGAAUGUGGGAAAGGGUAAAGGGACCCCUAACCAUUAGGUCCAGUCGUGGCCAACUCUGGGGUUGCGGCACUCAUCUCGCUUUAUUGGCUGAGGGAGCCGGUGUACAGCUUCCGGGUCAUGUGGCCAGCAUGACUAAGCCGCUUCUGGCAAACAGAGCAGUGCACGUAAACGCGAUUUACCUUCCCGCCGGAGCAGUACCGAUUUAUCUACUUGCACUUUGAGGUGCUUUCAAACUGCUAGGUUGGCAGGAGCAGGGACCGAGCAACGGGAGCCGACCCCAUCGCGGGCAUUCGUCUACCCAUGUGCUAUCUGAAACCCAAGGGGCGCAAUGGUUGCCAGAUGUGAAAUACAUUGGCAUUAUUUUCAGCUCUCCUGUGCCAUUAUUAGUAAUCUCUGGCUUGAGAUGCAUUAUUUGGCCAUUCAAAUGAGAGUCUUGAGUUCAUCAAUCUUGAUUCCUCUCUAUCAGCGCUAGCAAGGAGAAUGUCAUUGUGCUAGUGGUAGCGUCUACACUCCUGCCUGUCUCUCUACCCCCUCCCAAAAUAAAAUGAGUGUGUUAUCAGGGGCGGGGGCCAUGAGCUGGGUUGUGCCUGCUCUUCAACCUUUUUGCUUGUUUCCUCCCCUCCCCAGUUCCAGGAAUCUGUCUCCUACCAGUUUGAGAAGGAGGACUGUGUCGACGUGCAGCAGUUCUACGACCUGUUGACAGGCUCGAUGGACGUCAUCCGGAAAUGGGCGGAGAAGAUCCAGGGCUUCCUAGAGCUUCCGAAAGAGGAUCAAGACCUGCUUUUGGAAUCUGCUUUUUUGGAGCUCUUCAUUCUCCGGCUAGCGUACAGGUAAACGUGCAGCAGCAGGGCUGCCGUACGAAACCCACAGUGAUCCGCUUAGCCUCUAAAUUUGAGGCAAGCUCAGUAGGUCACCUCGUAUCGGGUUGCAGGGAUGGUGACAGUACGGCAAAAUAAAACAAACAGAUGCAAGAGGAGAAGGGAAUCCUCCAUAUAUAGACCCAGAGCCCUUGAAUUGAACAUUAUUGCGUUAUGGGCCCUCUAAACAUCUGAUAGGGAUGCGGGUGGCGCUCUGGGUUAAACCACAGAGCCUAGGACUUGCCAUCAGAAGGUUGGCGGUUCGAAUCCCCGUGAUGGGGUGAGCUCCCGUUGCUCGGUCCCUGCUCUUGCCAACCUAGCAGUUUGAAAGCACAAAGUGUAAGUAGAUAAAUAGGUACCACUCUGGCGGGAAGGUAAAUGGCGUUUCCGUACGCUGCUCUGGUUCGCCAGAAGCAGCUUAGUCAUGCUGGCCACAUGACCCGGAAGCUGUACACCGGCUCCCUUGGCCAAUAAAGCGAGAUGAGCACUGCAACCCCAGAGUCGGCCACGACUGGACCUAAUGGUCAGGGGUCCCUUUACCUUUUUAGACAUCUGAUAGGGGACGCUGUGAGCAAAGGAAGCCUUUGUUUACAGUCUCUCCUUCCUUACUCUGGAAGGGAAGGGCUUCCGCGUGUCAUGCUGGGACAAGGGAAUUGUGGGAGAGAGAAGACCACAGGUGCUGUUUUUGCCCCAAAGUGGGUGGGUAGGAGAGCCCAGUGGGAGCAGACAUGGCUUUCAUAGCCAGUUCAGGAGGCUCCUCGACUCAAGACCUCUGUCUGGAACAAAUGCUGUGCCUGCCUGUGACCCUGGGAUUCCAAGUUCCAGUGAAGCAGCAGCGUUUGGCAAUGAGCUCCAACUGCCCAGUCCAGGCCAACAUUGCCCGGCAAACUCCCAUGGCUUGCCCUGCUGGCUCUAUGCCCUUCCCUCCAGUGGCCGACACACACUGUCCAAGUUUCAACUCAAACCGUGCUCUCUCUCUCUCUCUUGCAGGUCCAAGCCAGAAGAAGGCAAGCUGAUAUUCUGCAACGGGGUGGUGCUCCAUCGGAUGCAGUGUGUCCGAGGCUUUGGAGAGUGGAUCGACUCCAUCAUCGAGUUCUCCCAGAGCCUCCACCGCAUGAACAUCGAUGUGCCCUCCUUCUCCUGCCUCGCGGCGCUUGUCAUCAUCACAGGUAGGCCCGGCGCCCACAUCGCUGGGGGGGUUCUCCGGGGUGCACGGGUGUGGCUGCGGAAAGCGCAGGUUGAUAGGCAGGAUCGAGGAAGCCCCGGAUCUCUGGAAGGGAGGUGCUUAAGGCUGCCAACCAGUUUGCGACAUCUCUAGGCGCCUUUAGAGAAAGGGAUAGAUCAGAUCUACUUGCUCUGGGAGGGACGCAGGUGGCGCUGUGGGUUAAACCACAGAGCCUAGGACUUACCGAUCAGAAGGUCGGCGGUUCGAAUCCCCACGACGGGGUGAGCUCCCGUUGCUUGGUCCCUGCUCCUGCCAACCUAGCAGUUCGAAAGCACGUCAAAGUGCAAGUAGAUAAAUAGGUACCGCUCCAGUGGGAAGGUAAACGGCGUUACCAUGCGCUGCACUGGUUCACCAGAAGCAGCUUAGUCAUGCUGGCCACAUGACCCGGAAGCUGUAUGCCGGCUCCCUCGGCCAAUAAAGCGAGAUGAGCGCCGCAACCCCAGUCGGCCACGACUGGACCUAAUGGUUAGGGGUCCCUUUACCUUUACUUGCUCUGGGAGGGGCUGUCCAGCAAUAUCUGGAAGGCACCACCGCUCCAGUCCUGAAGGCCGAGCCCAGGCGUGGCUUGGCGAGGGAGGGAGCCUGUCGUGGGUGCGCCCAGUUGUUUCCCCUUGUGCCCUUUCAAAAAUCUGCGCCCGGUGACACAGUCCCCCUGGUCCUUCUUUCGCUACGUCUCGACACCUGAGUAGCAUGGAACACCAUGAGAUACUUAUGGGACCUUAGGGAGCCCAACAUGUCUGACUGCAUCAGGGAGAAUAAUAAAUAAGAAUAAUUGUUUAUUUACACCCCGCCCUUCCUGGUUCAGAAAACCAGGCUCAGGGCAGCUAACAACAAAUUUAAAACACUUAUUGAUGCAACGAAAAACAGCAUAAAAUACAGUAUAAAAUGUGAAUAGCAAUAAAUUCAGGAUUCAAAAAUCCAUCAAAUAAACAUUAGGUGAUCACCAGGGCUAGCUGCCUAAAUUAGUCCUAUUUGGGCCAGCGAGGAGACCAGGGGAGAAUUAGCUGUGGGAUCCCGGAGCGGGUAAUCUUAAUAAAAAGGGGAGAGGGAGGGAAGGAAAGAUCAGGCUAAGUUCAAAUUGAAAGCCAGGUGGAAUAGCUCUGUCUUACAGGCCCUGCGGAAGGAAGUAAAAUCCUGCAGGGCCCUGGUCUCAUGGGACAGAGCAUUCCACCAGGUCGGAGCCAUCACUAAGAAGGCCCUGGCCCUGGUGGAGGAUAAUCUGACUUCCUUAGGGCCUGGGACCUCUAUAAACUAUGGUUAUUUAAAGUCCUCUUCGGGGCAUACCAGGAGAAGUCCUUGGUUCGCUCUCGUGUUUAACAGCUCCUUCCCUAUUCUUUUUUUGCUGCCGCCGCCAUUUCCUCCUUCUCACCGGCGUCUCCAAACCAGACCGCCAUGGGUUAAAAGAGCCAAAGAAGGUUGAAGACCUCCAGAACCGCAUUGUCAGCUGCCUUAAAGACCACGUGACUUCCACCACCAACGAGCAGCUCCACCCGAACUGCCUCUCCAGGCUGCUGGGCAAGCUCCCCGAACUCCGCACCCUGUGCACUCAAGGGCUCCAGCGCAUCUUCUACCUGAAGCUCGAGGAUCUGGUCCCCCCGCCGCCCAUUGUGGACAAAAUAUUCAUGGACACGCUGCCUUUCUGAGGACUCCAAAAGAAGGAAGGAAGGAAGCUGCCGUGAAUCUGUGGUUCUUCCUGUUUGGGGGGAGGGUGGCUUUAUAUAUAUAUAUAUAUAUAUAUAUAUAUUUGGGGGUGGUGGCAGAUGGACAGAAACUGGCAGAGGGGAUUUCCUUGCCACCCCAUCACCUGGAGGGGAGUUUGCAGGGACAUUUUUCUCCCCCAGAGACAUUACAGAGGAUGUUUAAAAUUUUUAAGCCUAGUGGUCGGAUGACGAAGGCCACUAGCGUUAUCAUGCCCCGCCCCCUUUUCUCCUUUUGUCCACCCUUUUGGAUCUUGGAGUUUAGUGGGACAUUGCUCUCCUUCUCUCAUCUCCUCUUCCUCUCUCUGAACUUCGGACAACUUUUUUGGAGUUUGUGUUCUUCUUUUUUUUAACCUUGUGGGGAGCGGGGGGGGGGGGGAUAUCCCGGUGUGCCUUCUAGGGUUACAUGCACAAUAUCCCUAAAUAAUGCUGCCUUUCCCAUGUAACUUGCCAACGGCUCCACACGUGCAAUGCGACGCCUAAAUUCCAUACAGUUGCACAGAUCAGCUUUGUGUAAUACAUGUGGAAUAUGUUGGUGUUUUGUGUUUUUUGUUGUUUUUUUUAAUAGUCAAAGGCUGGUUAGGGAUUUAAAAAAAAAAAAAUAAUUGCCUUCUCUUACUUUAUCCAUGUUCCUGGCCCUGGCAAAGAAUUCCCUCUCAAGUAUGGGAACUGGAUGAGUUUUUUUUGUUUUUCCAACUCCCUUCCGUAAAAGCUGCUUGCAAUCUUGAACUCGGUGCAACUUGGGGGAAGUGGCGGCACAGUUUUGCCGUAAGUAAGCACAUAUCCCUCUGAUAGCUUGUUCUUCCCACCUGCCGCUUCGUCAGGGGCAGCCAAGUUUUGUCGGAUGGUGUUUUUGUGUUCUUUUUUGUGUGCGUAAAAGUUGUAUAUAAGAGGAUGGGCACGUUGGCUUUGUAAAUACAGAUGAAUGGAUGAUUGAAUGAAUGGCAGAGGAGGGAAAGCGGGGGGGGGCGGGCUCUUCUGUAUGAGCCGCUGAGAAAUCUGCUUCGCCCUAAAUUUGUAGGACACCUUCUGCCUUUCUGUGUAUAUAACUUUGUAUUGAAAAGUCUGCCAAACUUUCUUUUUUUUUUUUGACAUUUAUAUUUGUCUAUCCCUCCUUUCCAAUUUCCAGUAUGUGACUUUUUUCCAAUUAUUAAUAUAUAUUUAAUAUAUUGAAUUAAAAAAAAAAACCUGAGUAGAUGUACUUCU